AUGCUGAAAUUGCUCGAAAAGUACGGUAUCAAGGCCACCUGGUUCAUUCCGGGCCACUCGCUAGAGACCUUUCCAGAGGAGUGCGCCAUGAUCAGAGACGCAGGCCACGAGAUCGGUCUUCACGGCUACUCGCACGAAAAUCCUAGCGACAUGACCCUGGAAAAGCAGAAAGACGUCCUUGACAAAACGUUCAAACUGCUCACCGAAUUCUGCGGAAAACCGCCCAAAGGCUCUGUUGCUCCCUGGUGGGAAACCAGCCAGGAGGGCGUGGAAAUGCUGCUGGACUACGGCAUAGAAUACGACCACUCGAUGUCGCACCACGACUGCCAGUGCUAUUGGUUCCGGACCGGCGAUUCUUGGACAAAAAUCGAUUACUCGAAAAAAGCCCGUGAGUGGAUGAAGCCCUUGCAACGCGGAAAGGAGACGGGUCUGGUGGAAAUCCCAGGACAUUUGGCGCGACCACUUCGAUUACUUCUAUCGCGAAUACGACGAGUUUGUUUUUCCCAUCACGUGCCACCCAGACGUUUCUGGCCGCCCCCACGUACUGAUGAUGCACGAAAGACUGAUCGAGCACAUCAACAAGCACGAGGGGGUCGAGUGGGUGACCAUGGACGAGGUCAACAAGGACUUUAG